GGAACCUCCUUUUUAACCACAAACCGAAUUUGCUUUCAUUUAGGCCAUAUAUAUUUUUUAAAUAGUUUAAAGUCAUAGAGAUUUUUUUGGAAAAGCAUUUUGCCCUGGAGCGGUGCGCGAUGCUUUCGCACGCCGACCUGCUGGAUGCUCGCCUCGGUGAGUUAUCAACGCCAAACUCCGGUCUGCAACUCUACUGGAUGAAGGAUGCGGCGGCGGAGCUUUUAGGUCACAGGGAAGCUUUGAAAUGCAGGCUAGGCGGCGGUGGCGGUGACCCGGGCCACCCGGGAGAACUCGCCCAAGGCAACGAUGCCGUGGAAGGGGCCACCCUUCUCCCCGGAGACGAUAUCAACAAUGCUGGAUCCAAUCCGUCGGGUGUAGCGGUGAACAGUAAGGAACAAGAGAAGCAACAGCAGCAACAACAAAAUCCCACCCAGUCUGGUGGGCAGCAGUCUCAGAAACAAAAACGCCACCGGACUCGCUUUACUCCGGCCCAGCUUAACGAGCUGGAACGCAGCUUCGCCAAAACCCACUAUCCGGACAUCUUCAUGCGCGAAGAGCUCGCACUACGGAUCGGUCUGACGGAAUCACGCGUGCAGGUCUGGUUUCAGAACAGACGCGCCAAGUGGAAGAAGCGCAAGAAGACCACCAACGUGUUUCGCGCACCGGGCACAUUGCUGCCCACUCACCAUGGCCUAUCGCAGUUUCCCUCCGCCGCGGCGGCCGCAGCAGCCAUGGGCGACAGUUUGUGUUCUUUCCACGCUAAUGACACCCGCUGGGCGGCGGCUGGAAUGCCAGGAGUGUCCCAGCUGCAGUUACCGCCAUCCCUUGGCCGACAACAAGCCAUGGCACAGUCUCUCUCCCAAUGCAGCCUGGGCGCCGGACCGCCACCCAACUCCAUGAGCCUGUCCAAUAUGUCCUCUAUGUCCUCCAUGUCCUCUAAUGGUUCUGGGCUUCAGUCCCACCUCUACCAACCCACCUUCCCCGGUAUGGUGCCCGCCUCGCUGUCCGGCCCAACCAAUGUGACCGGCUCGCCCCAGCUUUGUAGCUCCCCGGACACUGACGUCUGGAGAGGGACGAGCAUCGCGUCGCUGCGCCGCAAAGCGCUCGAGCAUACAGUAUCCAUGAGUUUCACCUAAUAUUUUGAUGUGCUAUUCUUCUACUGUUCCUCGUUCAAUCUUCACUUCUGAUCACCAAGUGACGCACUAGGAAAACUAAGGAUACGACUGUCAUCUAGUAAACGAGUUCAUGAACUGUGCGCACCUGAUGGAAAUAAAAUCUGGAGAAUUAUAUUCUGAAAAAAUUGUCAUACAUUGAAUUUAGCAAACGUGAAUGUAUUUAUUUAUUUAUUAUGUCCUAUUUAUUUAGUAUUUAUUUUUAUUUAUUAACAAUUUUUUGCCAAAUUUGACGCAAAUGUCAUCCGGGACAGAUGAAAAUGAACUGUCCAUUUGCGAUCUAUUCGUUUGCAUUUGGUCUCAGACAACCAGACGAGCGACGGUGCACUGAUGCCGGAUUCUGGGAGUUUUAUCUCUCGCUCUCUCUCUCUCAUUUUAGUAUUACUAUUUAUUAUUAUCAUUAUGGAAGAAAUCGAUAAAAUUUUCAGACUGUGAAAGAAGGUGGAGGAAAGGAAAAUAUCUCAAAAAGAAUUAAGAAACUUGACUGCAUGUUCCGACAAAGGUAAACAACAACGGGGAAAUAUCAUUUAAAAGAAAAAGUAUGACUUUGUUAUAUGCUGUUAAAUAGGAUGUUUUGUGUAGAUAAAGCAUUCUUAACUUGUUCUCAUUCGGUCAGUUUGUGAUAUGUUCUGAGUUACUGUAUGUGCUUAUACCAAUAUAAAUUUCUUAAAUGUUUGAUCUUCUUAACGGCUGUUUUGUUUGCUGAACAUGUUUAUAACGAUUGAAUGUAAAUUAACGAAUAAAAUCAUUUUCAA